GGCCCGCGCCGCGCGCUCCUGGUCCGACCGCUGCCGGGGAGCCCAGCGCAGCGCGUCCUGCCGCGUCGGUUCCCGCGGGUCGCCGCGCCAUGGCCACCCAGCAGAUCGUGCUCCAGGGCCCGGGGCCGUGGGGCUUCCGCCUCGUGGGGGGCAAAGACUUCGAACAACCCCUGGCCGUUUCCCGGGUCACUCCCGGAAGCAAGGCUGCGGCAGCUAACUUAUGUAUCGGAGAUGUAAUCACAGCCAUCGAUGGGGAAAAUACCAGUGGUAUGACACACCUGGAAGCUCAGAACAAAAUCAAGGGCUGCACGGACAACAUGACCCUCACAGUCACCAGAUCUGAACAAAAAAUCUGGUCUCCCCUGGUGACAGAGGAAGGGAAACGUCAUCCGUACAAGAUGAAUUUGGCCUCGGAACCCCAAGAGGUCCUGCACAUAGGAAGCGCCCACAACCGGAGUGCCAUGCCCUUUACCGCCUCGCCGGCCUCCAGCUCUGCCCCCAGGGUCAUCACAAACCAGUACAACAACCCAGCUGGCCUCUAUUCCUCUGAAAACAUAUCCAACUUCAACAACGCCUUGGAGUCAAAGACAGCAGCCAGUGGGCAGGAGACAAAUGGCAGAGCCUUAGACCAUUCUCAGCCUCCAAGUGGACUUGUCAUCGACAAAGAAUCUGAAGUUUACAAGAUGCUUCAAGAGAAACAGGAGUUAAAUGAGCCCCCCAAGCAAUCCACUUCAUUCCUGGUAUUGCAGGAAAUCUUAGAGUCUGAGGAGAAAGGGGAUCCCAACAAGCCAUCAGGUUUCAGAAGUGUUAAGGCUCCGGUCACCAAAGUGGCUGCGUCUAUUGGAAACGCCCAGAAGUUGCCCAUGUGUGACAAAUGUGGCACCGGCAUUGUCGGCGUGUUCGUGAAGCUCCGGGACCGCCACCGUCACCCUGAGUGUUAUGUGUGCACUGACUGUGGCACAAAUCUGAAACAGAAGGGCCACUUCUUCGUAGAGGAUCAGAUCUAUUGUGAAAAGCACGCCCGGGAGCGGGUCACACCCCCUGAAGGCUACGACGUGGUCACAGUGUUCCCCAAGUGAACCGGCAGGCCCACACCUGUUGCAACUCGAUCUCUAAAUGCUCUGGCCCUCUCCUCUCUUGAAAGUUCUUGCUGACUCUGGUUUUAUCCCUGCUCAUUAAACACCACGUCUCCCUGCCUCUGCUAACUGACUCACUGGCUGUGUGACGCCUGCUUUUACAAUUAACAGAGGAUUGUUUUGUUCAGUGGCCCCCUUGCCAGCAUCCCUGGGUCUUCUCUUUACCUCAGUUCAUUUCUGCUGCAGAUGGACAUCAGCCACAUUUGAACCAAACCGAACUGAAUAUGUUUGACAUUGAUUCGUUUUUACUCAAUAAAUUUAUAGACUCCAA